CGCCAGUCGGUGUCCCCUGAAUCUGUGGCUUUGGUGAUGCAAGCCUGAGUCAAGGAAGCUUCCACCAGCUCCAAGUUUGCGAAUCCGUCUCCGAACUCGACUUCGUCAAUACCCUCGUUCCGACUCCCGCCCCAUUGCCAAUUACCUUGUCAACUCGCCACUACGCACCGAGCGAGUCUCCCGCAUCGAUCGGACGAGCAACGACAGUUUCCCCCUCCUCGGCAAGAUAACGCCGAAUAUUGGAUGCGACCCGACUUGGCCACAAUUAGCGCUGCCUCCCCAGGUCUUCGGCCGGCCGCUGACGCACGCUGCUGAGGAAACCGUCGAUUUACGAGUCGCAACAAUACCGACAGUCUCGCCGCCGCACCCGCCAUUCGUUUUAGACGUCACCAUUGAUAUUCGCCUGCCUCUAAAGCUUUUGGCAACAGGUAGCCGCAGACCCGACACCCGGACGGCUUCCCUCCCCCGCCAUGCCGUCCAUACUCAGCGACGACGACCGCGAGAUCGUCAAGCGCUUCGUUCCCAAGCAGACUAAUAAGAUCCACGCCGUUGGCGUGGCUAGGCUCUACGUAGCUCACCCCAACCGAUCGAAAUGGACAUACACAGGCUUGCAAGGUGCCGUCGUGUUGGCGAAUGACCUUGUUGGCAACACCUACUGGGUCAAGAUGGUGGACAUCUCGCCCGGAAACCGGGGCGUGAUAUGGGACCAGGAGAUCUACGAAAAUUGGAACUACAACCAAGACCGCGUCUUCUUCCACACCUUCGAGCUGGAGGAAUGCCUGGCCGGAUUAUCCUUCGUCGACGAGAAGGAGGCGAAACAGUUCUUGAAGAAGAUGAACGACCGGGAAAAGAAUGCAAGCAAGGCAACGCUGAAGACACAGUUUGGAGGAGCGGCGCCCUCGAACCACCACAAGCAUCACCACGGGCUGUUCGGGGGCCUUUUUGGAGGACACCGACACUCGUCAGCCCCCACAGCGCCCGAAUCCCCGAGGGCAUCCGCCCCUGUAAGAGACCACCGGUCCGGGAGCGUGAAUGGGUACCACGAACUCCCAGCAGCACCGCCCAGAUUCGCAAAGUUGGAUGCCUUCGACCCCCUGUGGAGGGAGCAUUUUGGAGAGGACUUGAAAUCCAAAGGGUUGAACGACGACUUCAUCCGUGACAACCAGGAUUUUAUUGUCGACUUCCUCAAGGAGGAGCAGGCAGCUCAAGCCAACCAGCCGGUUUCCUCACCUCCUCCACCUCCUCCGCCGCCUUCCAAUGUGUCCGGAGGUAGUUUGAGAGCGCCGCCCCCGCCCCCUCCUCCACCCGCGGCACCCCCCAGGCCAGUCUCUGAAGCAGCAGCUGCACCUCCGCCGCCUCCGGCCCCAAAGAGAGGACCGGCCCCUCCGCCACCCCCAGCGCCGAGGCGGUCCGGCAAAUUCGAGCCGGAACCGGCACCGGCACCGACACCGGCGCGGGACUCGCCCCCACCCCCUACUCGGUCGAGGUUUGCCGUUCCCCCGCCUCUUGCUGAGGCUGGAAAAUUCGCACGCUCGGAUCCCCCUCGUGCGGUACCGUCGCCUCCCGCCCCCGGGCCUCCGCCUCCACCUCGGCCGCCUAAGACGCCAAUCGAGAACGCCGAGCCAUCACAACGGCAUGCUGUUCCGCCGCCCUUUACCGGUCAGCGAAACGUACCUCCGCCACCCCCAAGUCGCGGUUCCGUUCCCCCUCCUCCUCCAUCUCGGGAGCCUGUCCAUGCCGCCCCCCCGCCAUUGCCUCCCAAGGCUCCCGCUGCGAGCGCACCGCCGCUCCCACCACCGAGCUCACGCCCGCCUCCCACACUCCCGGCUAGAAGCCCGGUCCCUCCUGCACCUGCUCCGCCGCCGCUGCCUUCAUCCCACGCACCUCCUGCACCACCUCUCCCUGCAUCCAGUGCACCACCCGCACCACCUCCAGCUCCGCCGCUCCCUUCAUCAAGCGCCCCUCCACCCCCGCCCCUCCCUUCAUCAAGCGCCCCUCCCCCUCCACCUCUCCCUCCCACGUCCGGAGGUCCGCCACCCCCGCCGCCUCCGCCUCCUCCCAUGUCUGGAGGCCCGCCGCCGCCGCCGCCUCCUCCCCCUCCCGGUCCCGGCAUGGGCGGCAUGCCGCCACCUCCACCCCCACCCCCGCCAAACCGCGACUCCGGCUACUCGUCAAGCGUCCCAGCCGCCCCCUUACCGGCAGGCGGCGACCAGUCCCGCUCGGCCAUGCUCGACGGCAUCCGCGGCGCCGGCGGUAUUGCCUCGCUGAAGAAGGUCGACCGCUCCCAGAUCCGCGACCGCAGCGGAGUCAAUGUCGGCGGUGGCAGCGGCGGCGAUAUAGGGCCGCACGGUAGUGGGUUGCCGCCCGCUGGCGUUGCGGCUGGGGCUGGGGCCGGCGGUGGUGGUAUGGCGGAUGCGCUGGCCGCGGCGUUGCAGAAGAGGAAGGAGAAAGUUAGCCGGAGUGAUGAUGAGGAUGACGAUGAUGAUUGGUGAUGUGGCGCACUGGGAGAACACCCGGUUGCUCAAGGGCUAGGCGUGGCGAGGAAAGCUCAAGGGCCCUUAUCAAGACUGGAAUA